UUGCACAUGUGUCGGUUAACUUGGUUCAAGCAGUAAGGCAUAGCGAUUGAUUGCAACAUACCUUUCGUUCAUGAAUCCACUUGCCGUCGUCAGCCCCGGAUCAGGAGUCGUGUUACCUGUACCCUCCUCAGCCCAUCGAAUUUUUAUGCCUCAACCUAAGCCCACAAGUGUCCACGCUACCCUCGUUCUGUGCAUUGUAUUUUUCUCCAAACUUCAGUGGCUAGAAUUCUAUUCAAACUGUGAAUUUGUGCUUAGAUCAUCACUGGCGCACUGCGCGAUGAUUUGCCAGUAUUGAGCGAUGACUUAUUUUGUGCAGUGAGAAGAAAGUGAUGUUACCUACUGUGUUUGCACCUGUUGCUUUUCUGACCUGUUUGCUUAGAUGCGUCAAUUGAACGUUAAACGACUCACAAGAGAAACCAUUGAAUGUAGCGUGACUCGAGGCUGUGGCGGCAUUGCUCCUGGUCGGAGAAGUGCACUGCGCGAUGCUUCAAAUGCGACACCGAAACAUUGGAUCAUUGUGGAAUAGGAUACCCAGAGCUUUGCGUACUACGAACAACCAUGCUAUAUUUGGAAAGUAGUGUGCGUGAUCAAACGUUCCUCGAGGCUCAUUUGCGUUGAUCUCGCAAACCAAACGAACUCGAGGCCUGGGUACCUCUAAAUCUCGCUAUUUGCGUUACCGCCAUGCAAGGUGCCAUGAAAUGGUUCCUAAAUCUAGAGUUCCUGUAUACUCGUUCACAUUUUAUCAGCUUGCUUCGGCAGGCAUGGAAGCGAUAAAAGUGCUUCACUUGCUCGCUAGUCUGCCGCGUAUUGUCGUUGCUGAUCAACGGUGUUUGCGAAAGGUCGAGGUAUUAUCUCCGCUCCCCUCUUGUCGAACCAAGCUUGAUUUACCGCCAGGACUAGUGCACUGACCAGCAUGUUGCUGCUUUCUUGUGUUGCAGUAUUGCUACUAGCGCAAUCGUCAAUGUGUAUGCUCAAUUUUACUAGUUCUGAGACGAAGAUUCAGCUUUACGAACCCGUCAAUCUAACUUUUCAUUUUACUCGGAAGUUGAGCAGGGCAACCAUUGUACUGCACUCUAGUGAUCCAUCUGUGGUCCAUCUGAAUGAAGACGGAAUCGCAUUAACACUGGAAAGCAUCUCACCGAGUGACAACUUUUCAACGCUUCUAGAUCCACUGAAGAUUGGUUAUGCCAACCUGUUAUGGCAAAUUGAAGACAGCAUUACAAAUGAGACCUCAAAAGGCAGUCACAAAAUGCUUGUUGUGCGACAGUUGACCGUAUUUUCGAUGGGAUUCGGAGCCGUUAUAGGAGUUUUGGUCGCCUUGAACAAUGUCAAUGUUGGAUGCCAGCUGGAUAUGCAUGUGGUACUCUCACAAAUCAAGAGGCCGGUUGCUCCAGCUAUUGGCAUGUUUUGCCAAUUCAUCUUUAUGCCACUGAUUUCCUAUGGAAGUUCAACACUGCUUCUGCAGAAUCCAGUAACAAGGCUUGGGCUCUUUACUAUUGGCUCAUGUCCUGGUGGAAUUUACAGCAACUUCUACACUCUGCUCUUUGAGGGAGACUUGGACCUCAGUGUUACCAUGACCUUUAUGAGCAGUGUAGGAGCACUUGCCCUGAUGCCACUGUGGAUGCACACGCUAGGCCGGCGAAUAGCUGGUACUGCCACACCAGCAGUGCCAUUCAGCAACCUGAUUGUGUCUUUGGUGGCGUUAACUCUGCCACUGGGGCUGGGCCUCCUCAUCCAAUACAAGCGGCCAAAAUGGGCUCAAGUGGCCGAGAAAAUCGUGAAACCCUUCUCUGUGGCCAUAUUACUUGUUGCAUUAGUCAUUGGAACAUACAGCUAUUGGUAUAUAGUUACACUGAUCACUCUAAUGGAUGUAGUUGCUGCGUCUGUAGUUGUAGUUGCAGGGUUUUUAUUUGGUGCAACCAUGGCGUGGUUGUUUCGACUCACAAGUAAACAGAUUAUAGCAGUUUCCUUAGAAACGGCAAUUCAAAAUGGCCCACUAGCCAUUAUUAUCCUUACUUUUUCACUGCCAGAACCUAGCGGAGACCUUGCUGUGGUGCCAGUGGUAGUGCUGGUCACAUUAGCAAGUGCCAUACUGUUAACUGUUUUUGCAGUAUUGACGCUGCACCGUAGGUGUUCUUCAUAUGCAUAUACCAGCCAGGACGGCACUAAGUCAGAAAUGCCCGUCAACUGAGGCUCAAUAGUGCAGCAGUGUAGCGCAAACUUGUGCCAUACAUACGGUACAGUCGCAUUUAGUGCGAGCUGCAACACAGUGCUCAUGCUCGGGCAGCAACCUACGAAAAAUUAAAUUAAACACUACUCUCCAUUAUUCAUUUUGUCCAACAUAUUUUAAAUUUGUUGAGACCACUGUGCGGUUUAGGGGCCUUUUCAACCACAGGCACUGAGUUGCAUUUCACACUGAAUAUGAUUGUACCAAUGCUCAUGACCUAGGUGCUCAUUGAUCUAUGAAGUUACCGGGCACAUUGUAGGCCAAACAUAUUCCUAGAGCCAAAGCAUAAUUUAGCCAAAUUUAUUAUGCAUACAUAUAUAAACUCCAGGUGCCAAACCUUUUUUACCAGAGCAUAAUGGAAUGCUUUUUUCUUUUGAUUGAUUGACAUGUGUGGUUUAAGGUCCGAAAACCACCAUAUCAUUACGAGACGUCGUAGUGGAGGGCUCUUUAACGUGCACCAAAUCCGAGCACACAGGCAUACAACAUUUCCACCUCCAUCGUAAAAUGCAGCCGCUGCAGCCGGGAUUUGAUCCCGUGACCUGCGGGUCAGCAGAAUACCUUAGCCACUAGACCACCACGGUGGGGCAAUGUUUUUUCUUUUGAGUACUACGGAAAUGCAUGGGCGUCGGCAAGAUUUUGUCUCGGGCUGGGGGUGGCCAUGCAAAGUCUUAUUGCAUGGUAGCCGAGAGGGGUGAGCACUGGUGUGGCUUGGGUGGGGGGCCAAGUGCCCCUACUGCACCUCUCUACAGACACCCAUGACUGUGUGGUAUAGUUCCUGUACUCCCAAAAUGUUUUAAAUGGGGCAUACAGAAUAAAGAAAGGAGACCAAAGCUCUAUGUGUAUGAUUUUGCUUUAUUUGUACCAUGUGCAUGUACCUGCAUAGAUGUAAAACAAAUGCAUUCAUUGUACAUGCAGUUGUAAGGAACAAA